AACGUCAAUCUGCAGUCGAUCGCUUACCGAUAUGCUAGUAGUGGGCCACUCACAGAAAACGACUAUCAGGUGGGCUGGAUUUGCGCGCUUCCCCUCGAAGCGGCGGCUGCUACAGCGCUCUUGGACGAAGAGCACCCCCCGCUUGACCAGGACCCUGGAGACACAAAUGCAUAUACACUUGGUCGGAUUGGGCGGCAUAAUGUGGUCAUCGGCUGCCUUCCACUGGGAACAGUGGGGGAAAGUCCAGCGACGGCAGUCGCCAAAGAUAUGCUGCGGAGCUUCCCCAACAUCAAAACUGGCUUGAUGGUGGGAAUCGGGGGGGGCGCACCGGGCCCACCAAUCGACGACCCGGAGGAAGAUAUUAGACUCGGGGAUAUUGUCGUGAGCAAGCCGGGUCCUGGCCACGGUGGUGUCAUCCAGUAUGACUACGGGAAAACAUUAUCUGAAGGGAACUUUAUGAAUAUUGGCUAUUUAAACCGCCCGCCAAAUGUGCUUCUGUCUGCGCUCACAAAGCUUGUUUCACGUCAUGAGCUUGAAGGAUCCACAGUCCCGCGGCAUUUAGACGAAAUGAGAACCAGGUACCCAAGAAGGGCUCAGGACUGGCGAUAUCAAGGAGCCGAGAAUGAUCAUUUGUACGUCGAGAACUUCCCGCACGUUGAUACCAGCCACUCCUGCAAAGACCUUCACUGCUCGGAUGACAACGGGCGACUGGUGGUCCGUAAGCCUAGGGCCACGGAAGACCCCAUCAUACACUGUGGUCUGAUUGCGUCCGGCAAUCAAGUGAUGAGGGAUAGCAUAACCCGCGAGAAGCUGCGACAGAAACAUGGUGUGCUUUGUUUCGAGAUGGAGGCCGCUGGCCUAAACAACAAUUUCCCGUGCCUUGUGAUUCGUGGUAUCUGUGACUACUCGGACUCUCACAAGUCUAAGCGAUGGCAGCCGUAUGCCGCGGCAGUCAGUGCUGCAUUCGCUAAGGAGCUUCUUCAGAUAAUCCCAGUUGCCCAGCUAGACAGAGCGGAAAGGGCCGAGUUCAUCACCGGGAAAAUGGACGAAGAAUUUGGAAGACUGAACGAUAGUAUCAAACCUCUCCUGCAAACCCAGGAUCGCGAACAACACCAAAGCACCCUGAACUGGCUGUCCCCAAGCUACUAUCUAUCACAGCAUGAGGACGCACAACGGACUAUCAACCAAGGAUCAGGAAGAGCUUUCAUGGAAGAUCCCCGAUUUCUAGAAUGGAUACGCGGCAGUAAAGUCGUGCAAAGUCUUUUCUGCCCGGGGUUACCAGGUGCUGGCAAGACUUCCACGGCGUCGCUUGUGAUAGACAGACUCUGCCGGGGUGGACAAAAGACGAACUAUACCCUUGCCUUUGUCUAUUUUAACUUCAAUUUACAAGCCGAACAAACGUUGGUAAACGUUCUCCGGUCCGUUUUGCGCCAGUUGAUUGAGGUCCUUCCGUCGAUCCCCGAUCGGGUCACAGAGCUCUAUCAUGCUCGCCAGCAAGUAUCCCCGCAUGAGACCGUUCAACUACUAUGCUGUGCCAUAGAACAAUGUAACCACCCGUUCGUGGUCAUCGAUGCCCUCGACGAAUGCGCAUCCGAAUGCUUCCACGAAUUGAUUCAGGUUAUCCGACGGCUGCAACACAUGGGUGUUCGCUUCCUGUUGACUUCGCGCCACAUUGAUAUCAUUGCAAAGGAGUUCAGAGACAUGCCAAAUUGUCACUGUUUGGAAGUUCGGGCAGUCGAGAAAGACAUGGAGGCGUCCAUUGAUCGUAACUUCGACUUUUCGUCAUUUUACAGGAUACCCGAUGAAUUACCCGAGAUAGAUCAUUUCAAAAGGACAAUUAUCGAUGCCGCGCAGGGGAUGUAA